ACACAGUUUACGAACAAUAAGUGAUAGUGUAAAUAAGAUAAAAUCUACUUAUUAGUUUGAAUAAUUCAUUAUCAUUUAUCUUGGCACUUAAUUUCUUUAUAAUCUCCCAGAUUUAAGGCAAGAACUCUAAAUCCGUAAAAACCUACACCGAAAGCUCCCCGAAAACAACACAAUUGUGAAGGUUCACUUAUCGAGUUCUAGCGUGGAAACGUUUUUAAUGUUUCUUGUUUACUGUAUUGUGAUAACAAGAAUCUAUCGACAAACCUCAUUAGUUUGAAAAUAAUAACACAUAACCGACUGGCGAGUUGGCGACAUAAGUGAACUGAUUAAAUCUAUUUCCUUUAAAUAGAACGACCACGUUGUUAUUUCAAGUCUCCUUGAACGUCGAGAAAUAUUGAAAAUGUAAACAUUUAUGUGAUAAUUAACGAUCAAAACUGUUGUACCAAAACAUCAGCAAAAUUUUUAAACUGCGAAAUACUUAGUGGCAGAUCACUGUUGGAGGAUGACCCAAAAAUCGCUUCCUAGCAGCACCGUUAGCAAUGUUUCCUAUUACAAUGGAUACAAAUACAGCUCAAUCACCAAUUUGCACAAAAUGGGUCGGAUACAUGGUGCGAAGCGAGUGGUGGCGUUCUUCUUGUUGACUGCAGUGUUCCCAGCAAUACUUAUCAUCGUCCCGUUAUACCUAAGACACAGUGUUUUUGCUGAUGUAACUUACCCCGUUGCCGAAUCUGAUGUCGUUGCAAUUGUGGAUGGCGUAUCUUCAGUGUUUUGCAGCUCACACAGUCUUCGAAUGAAUUCAACGUUUAACGCUUUCCAGUUGCACGGUGAGCCAACACUCAGCCACAAACGUAAACACAUAAGGCUAAAGAAAUCAAUGACUUUGCCUGAUGACACACUGGAAUAUUGGGGCUUUUUCUUACUGAGAGGAGCGAUUGUGAAGUUACGGGUGUGUUCACGCUUCGAAGGUUCAAGAAUUCUGGUCGUUCGAGGUGAAAAGAACUUGAAAACGUGUGGACUUUUAGAACAUAAUUAUAAGAAGUAUGGCGCCAAAUUUGAUGAUGAACACAGUAGGGUUAAAGUUACUUUUGAAAAUGCAGCUGAAAUUAUUGGGGUUGUUGACAAUAUUGUAGACAAAAAUACAGCUGCUGAGGAUGUAAAUGGAGAUGAUGUGAAUAUGUUUGUCCAAAAGAGACUUAACAAAGGUAGGGAUAAGGGUAAAGUUUCUUUUAGUAAUAGUGUAGCAAUAAAUAAGACUGCAAAUAGUACUGAACCACCUAAUGUUUCUCGACACCAUAAAAGACAUUCUAGGCGAAAAACUGUAGAGAAACUUGAACACUCACAAGGUGAAAAAAAUGAUAGAAUAAAGCGUGACAUAGCUGAGUUAGAUGCCCACAUAGCUCAUGGGGGUAACGCUUUAAAUGGUACUUUGUACCUGUCUGAAGAAAGUAGUGUGUCAAGUUUUGAAACAGAUUUGUUAACUUGUUAUGACGGUUCAAUCCUUUUAACUGAAGGAUUUCCACCAAGUCAUCUUUGUACAAAUGUUCAUUAUUUAGAAAAAAGUCACCAUAUGGUUACAGAACAUGAGGUAGCUACCGACGGAUAUUACUAUUAUAUUUUUUAUUCAGAUAACGAUUUCGUAAAAAAUGAUAUACAUGCUAUUUUUGAUAUUUAUAAACCUACAUAUUGGUACGCUAAUUCCUCAAAUGGAAAUGAUUGCAUCAAUCAGACUGAAUGUAACUUCCCCAUUUCAUUUUGGUCCGAUCAAACUGUGAUUGUUGAGGUGCCUACAAGGGACGGCAUUGAACAUGAAGAGGAUGAUAUUACAUUAUUGAUCAGUACGUGUCAUCCAAGGAUGGCUGUUUACAUGAUUUUUCCAAUUGCUGUUCUAUUUUUAAUUCUUGGAUGUGCAUUUUUAUAAAGCAUUUUUGUAUUAUGAGACAAUUGUGAUAUUUUUAUCUUAAGCUAUAUAUUUUCAUAUGACUGUUGAAUACUGGUUGUGAAACCAAGAAUGAAAAGUGGGUAGUCACAAUUUUGCUAAACACGAUGUUGUUGUGUGUUUUGACGAAGUGGUUAUGAGACUUGGAUACUUUUACAUUUUUGAUGUUUAAAGCCGUCUUAAAUUACAAAAAUUAUGAUGUUACCUAACUGAACAAUAAUUUAAUCCCACGUAAUUAUGUCGGCCUGAACGUGAUAAUUACAAUAAAAAUAUUGAAUUCCGUUCUAUUUAAUAAGUGCAAUAAGUUCAUGUUGUUGUUUGUUGAUUAUAGUGUUAUUAUUGUUAUUCCAUUCAAAAGGUUUAUUACCAAAGAAAUAUUGCACAUAUAUUUUCAGUGAUGUUAUGUGCAGACACGGGGUGUUUUAUCUCAAACAAAAACUCAGUGGUAGGUAUUGGAAAAAGUCAAUUAUUAGAAAAAAAGAAUUGACAAAAAAUUCUAUAGGUACUUAAGUACAGGGUCAUAAAUUUGAUCAAAAGAUAUUUUUAUUUUAUAUAUAAUAAUAAUUGUAAUUAUGUAAUAAGUAACUGAAAUUUAUAUUGGUGUUAUAAACAAUUGAACAGUUUAAUAUUUAAAUUAUUAAAUAAAUGAAUACUAAACUUCCUUUUUGCACUUGCUCUU